AUGGUGUCCGGCUCCGAGCUCGCCUGCAUGUACUCUGCCCUCAUCCUGCAGAACAAUGAGGUGAUGGUCACGGAAGUUAAGAUCAAUGCCCUCAUUAAAGCAGCUGGUGUCAGCAUUGAACCUUUCUGGCCUGGCUCGUUUGCAAAGGCUCUGGCCAAUGUCAACACUGGUAGCCUAAUCUGCAAUGUUGGGGCUGCUGGGCCCACUCCAGCUGCUGGAGCUGCACCUUCUGGUGGUCCUGCUCCAUCCACUGCUGCCGCCCCAGCUGAGAAGAAGAAAGUGGAAGCAAAGAAGGAAGAGUCCGAGGAGUCCGAAGAUGACAGGGGCUUUGGUCUUUUUUUACUACACUGCUUUUGUUAA